AUGGCGUCGUCCCAGUCCCGUGAAGGGCCCAACCCUCUGCGCCCAUACUACAUUCCCCCCUCCAUCGGACUGCCGCCCAGCGAGAGCGCCAACGCCGCCUCUGCUGCACACGCUGCCUCAGCCGCGUCGACGCGGACGACCAUUGGCGGCUCUGCUCGAGAGCUUUUGUCGGAUUUGGACUAUACCGAUUAUCUGGAAUCGUCGCCGUCGGUGUCGGAAUGGUUUCAGGACCUGCUGAACCGCGCAGCAUGGAAAUACUCGAGCGUGUUGAUGGCCCAGCCGUUCGAUGUCGCAAAGACGAUCCUCCAGGUCUAUGUCGUGCCGGAUGAUCAGGAUGGGCAGACGGCGCUCGAUGACCGGCGAAAGCAGAGCCAGUCGUAUCGAGACAGCUAUAUGGAGCAGGACUCGCAGUCAUCAGACGAUGAAAGCAACUACUUCAGCUCUCCUGCCCCAGCCACUUCGUCACCUUCGACUCCCAAGUCUCGCAAAUCGCGACAUCACAUCACGGACCGGAGUGGCUACCUCCCGCAGCCUGCCGCGUCUCCGAAACACCGUCUGCGGAUAAAAAAUCCGUCGUCUCUCAUGGAAGUCCUUUCGCAACUGUGGUCGACCAGCGGACCAACGUCGAUAUGGAAGGCCACCAAUGCCACCUUCAUCUACUCUCUUCUUUACCCCACUCUGAACACUUUUAUCCGGAGCCUUCUGUCGGCCAUCUUGGGCUUGCCCGAGGAUGGAACUGCGUCGUCAAUGACGGAGGAUAUCCUCACGGUGGCCUCGCCCAGCACUACUUUAAUCCUGUCUUUUAUCUCCUCUGCGCUGUCUUCUAUUAUCCUCUCUCCUAUCGACACUGCUCGAACGUUCCUCAUUGUCACACCGCUGACCCAUGGGCCCCGUUCUCUAUUGCGAGCUCUGCGCCUCCUUCCGUCUCCGAACUACUUGAUCCCCCCUCACCUCGUUCCGAUCACCAUUCUCCACUCCAGUCUACCUACCCUGCUGAGCCUGAGUACUCCGCUUUUCCUCAAGUCUUACUUCUCGAUCGACCCGGUCCUUAACCCCUCCACGUGGAGCAUAUUCACGUUCAUCGCGUCGGGAUUGGAACUGGGCAUUCGCUUCCCUCUUGAGACCGUCCUGCGUCGGGCUCAGAUUGCGACGUUCACCUCUCCAGCUCUCCGCCAGAAGAGUCUGGUAGCGAAGAGCACAAGGGGUUCGUCCAGAACUCCUACGUCUGCGGAAAGCCAGACAGAGACGCCAGAGAUCGAGACCAUCGUGCCCACUCCGCAAACCUACCGUGGUGUCCUGGGAACGAUGUGGGGCAUCGUGUACGAAGAAGGAGUGGCUCCUGGACCAUCGGAAACAGACGUACUUGGGAAGGACGCACCACGCGGACUGCAGCGCCGAAGACGACCAGGGCAAGGAAUCCAGGGUCUCUAUCGCGGCUGGAGGGUAGGCAUGUGGGGUCUGGCAGGCAUCUGGGGAGCAGGCUUCCUCGGGGCCGCCAUGGGAGGCGGCGAGGAGGAUAUCGUGACGUCCACGUCGGCGUCAGGAAUACAUGGAGCAGGGCGAGGGAAAGCGCGGCCGUUUUAG